AUGGCGCCCCCGCUCGAGCUUCGCACUGGCGCGCACUGGAUCUUUGGCUACGGCAGCAUAAUCAGCGAGCGGAGUCUCCAGGCCACUCUGCAAGGUGCGGCAGACUCGGGUCAGGCGGGUCAGGAGCAGUCCUCGGCCGCUGUGGUCGAAAUGGCUGCGAGCGCCGGCUGGGUGAGGGAGUGGUGCUUUCGCGCUCCAUCAGGAUUCACCGCCGUCGGCCUGCGCGCGGAUAGCGCGUCCGCAAUGCCGGUGAACGGCAUCAUCUUCCGCGUGGGCAGUGACGCCCUCAGCCGCUUUGACGCUCGAGAAGUGGGCUACGAGCGAGUGGAGGUCAGUGCUGCCGCGCUUCGAGUACUUGUCGACCCCGACGGCGUUGCCACCGACGCGCUGCAGGACACCGGCAACUGCUUCUGGACGUACGUGCCGCGCGAGUGCCACUCCGCCACCGAGGAGUGCCCGAUCUGUCAAACUUACUUGGACGUCUGCUUGGCUGGCUGCCUCGAGCGCGGAGGGCGCGAACUCGCCUCCGAGUGGGUGCGCACGACGAGCGAGUGGUCGCACUUCUGGCUUAACGACGCACCGAUGAGUCGGCGGCCGUGGCUCCACCGGCCGCGUUACGCCGAG